UUGGCUUCAUGGAAACUGUCAACAACAGCGAGUCGAGCGUUCCAAAGCAGCAGCAGCAGCAGUAGCAGCAAAAGACCUUUUUAUGGCACCGACUGCCCGUCGUUUCUGCAAAUGGAGGAAAGAACUACAAUCUCAUAACUGGAGCUUGUUGCUGAAUAUUCAGCCAAACAGAAUCACAAUCAGCUGAACCAGUACUGGAAAAUAAAAGACGGAGCAACGCUGCAGCCUCUCUCUUCCUUUAGUCCCGUCCUUUCUGUCUCGCCACCUUGACCUGCCUCUGCUGUGCAGUCUGAGCAGCGGGGUCCUCGUCCCUCGCCGCAGGCCUCGGGGCCCUCCCAUCGGCGGCCCGCUCCGGCCGUUUGCUGGUGUCUGAUGGCGCGGUGGGAUGCUAAGGGCAGCCGCGGGAGACUGUGAUGUCAGAGCCCAACAGCCCGGGCGAGAGCCAGCGUGGCGCUCCCAGAUUCUUCGUGGGCUGCGAGGACGAUGAGAGCGAGGUGCAGGAGGACAGCAUGAGGACAGACAUGGACCUGUAUGAGGACGACGAAGACUCGGCCGCGGAGCAACAGAUCGUGGUGGGGAUCUGCUGCAUGAUGAAGAAGUCCAAGUCCAAGCCAAUGACCCAGAUUCUGGAGAGGCUGUGCCGGUUCGAGUACAUCACCGUGGUCAUCUUCCCAGAGGACACCAUCCUCAACGAGCCUGUGGACAAAUGGCCGCUGUGUGACUGCCUCAUCUCCUUCCACUCCAAAGGAUUCCCUCUGGACAAGGCGGUGAGCUACGUCACACUGAGGAGCCCUCUACUCAUCAACGACCUGAACACGCAGUACUAUAUUCAGGACAGGAGAGAAGUGUAUCGGAUCCUGCAGGAGGAGGGGAUCGAGCUGCCGCGCUACGCUGUGCUGAACCGCGACCCAGAUAAACCAGAAGAGUGUAACCUGGUGGAAGGGGAGGACCAUGUGGAGGUGAACGGGGAAAUCUUCCAGAAACCUUUUGUGGAGAAGCCCGUUUGUGCUGAGGAYCACAACGUCUACAUCUACUACCCCACGACAGCAGGCGGCGGCAGCCAGAGACUCUUCAGAAAGAUCGGGAGUCGGAGCAGCGUCUACUCUCCAGAGAGCAGCGUGAGGAAGACCGGCUCCUACAUUUACGAAGAGUUCAUGGCGACUGACGGCACGGAUGUCAAGGUGUACACCGUCGGGCCGGACUACGCCCACGCCGAGGCCCGGAAGUCUCCUGCGCUGGACGGGAAGGUGGAGCGCGACAGCGAGGGGAAGGAGGUCCGAUACCCCGUCAUGCUCUCCGCCAUGGAGAAACUGGUGGCCCGGAAAGUCUGCUUGGCGUUCAAGCAAACGGUGUGCGGCUUCGACCUGCUCCGAGCCAACGGACACUCCUACGUUUGUGACGUGAACGGUUUCAGCUUCGUCAAGAACUCGAUGAAAUACUACGACGACUGCGCCAAGAUCCUCGGGAACAUCGUGAUGCGAGAGCUGGCGCCUCAGUUCCAGAUUCCCUGGUCGAUCCCAACGGAGGCGGAGGACAUCCCGAUUGUUCCCACCACUUCAGGGACCAUGAUGGAGCUGCGCAGUGUCAUCGCCGUCAUCCGUCAUGGAGACCGAACGCCCAAACAGAAGAUGAAGAUGGAAGUUCGCAACCCCAUGUUCUUUGAUCUGUUCAAAAAAUACGAAGGAUACAAAACCGGGAAGUUGAAACUCAAAAGGCCGAAGCAGCUGCAGGAGGUGCUGGACAUCACCCGGCAGCUGCUGAUUGAGCUGGGGCAGCGCAACGACUGCGAGAUCGAAGAGAAGAAGUCCAAACUGGAGCAGCUGAAGACCGUUUUAGAAAUGUACGGUCACUUCUCUGGGAUCAACAGGAAAGUGCAGCUGACUUACUUGCCCCAUGGGCAGCCGAAAACCUCCAGCGAAGACGAAGACACGCGUAAGGAAGGCCAGUCCCUGCUGCUGGUGCUGAAGUGGGGAGGAGAGCUGACCCCUGCUGGCCGGGUGCAGGCGGAGGAGCUGGGCAGAGCCUUUCGCUGCAUGUACCCUGGAGGUCAAGGAGACUAUGCUGGAUUUCCGGGCUGCGGGUUGCUACGGUUACACAGCACCUACAGACACGACCUGAAGAUCUACGCGUCGGACGAAGGCCGGGUGCAGAUGACGGCGGCUUCCUUCGCAAAGGGCCUGCUGGCUCUGGAGGGGGAGCUCACACCCAUCCUGGUGCAGAUGGUGAAGAGCGCCAACAUGAACGGGCUGCUGGACAGCGACAGCGACUCGCUGAGCAGCUGCCAGCACCGCGUCAAGGCCCGGCUGCACGAGAUCCUGCAGCGGGACCGCGAGUUCAACGUCGAGGACUACGACCGGCUGGCCCCGACUUGCGCUACUUCUGUUGUGAAUUCAAUGAAAAUGGUGAAGAACCCGGUGGCCACAUGUGAUCAGGUCUACGCGCUCAUUCAGAGCCUCACCUCUCAGAUCCGCACCAGAAUGGAGGACCCGAAGUCUGCCGACCUGCAGCUGUACCACAGCGAGACUCUGGAGCUAAUGCUGCAGCGCUGGUCCAAGCUGGAGAAGGAUUUCCGCAUGAAGAACGGCCGCUACGACAUCAGCAAGAUCCCCGACAUAUACGACUGCGUGAAGUACGACGUCAUUCACAACGGCACGCUCGGCCUGCAGGACACGCAGGAGCUGUUCCGGCUGUCGCGAGCGCUGGCCGACAUCGUCAUCCCACAGGAAUACGGCAUAAAUAGAGAUGAGAAGCUGGACAUAGCUUACGCUUACUGCCUCCCUCUGGUCAGGAAGAUCCAGCUUGACCUGCAGAGGACGCAUGGAGACGAGUUUGUUCACAAGCUACAUCCUCUGUAUUCUCGUGGCAUUAUGUCACCCGGUCGUCACGUCAGGACUCGGUUAUAUUUCACCAGUGAGAGCCACGUCCACUCCCUGCUCAGCAUUUUCCGAUACGGAGGCCUGCUCGAUGAGGAGAAGGACCAGCAGUGGAAACGCGCCAUGGAUUACCUCAACGAGGUCUCCGAACUCAACUACAUGACGCAGAUUGUCAUCAUGCUCUACGAAGACAACAACAAGGACAUUUCCUCUGAGGAGCGGUUCCACGUGGAGCUCCACUUCAGCCCCGGCGUUAAGGGCGCGGAUGAGGACGAACACGCGCCGCACGGAUUCGGCUUCAGACCCGCCUCAGCAGAGGUGAUGCGACAGAACGGGCAGAAAAAGGAGGAGGAGGAGCCCGGCAGUCUGGAGGACCUGACGCGAGACGAAACGGACCGCGCCGCUCCCGUGUCGGAGCCGAUCACCAUUCAGAGGCGGUCGCCGCUCAUUCGCAAUCACAAAACCGGAUCAAUGGAGGUCCUCUCAGAAUCCACCACCUCUAAAGCCGGCAGCUACCGUCUCUUCUCCAUCCCACGUCAGUCUCCAGAGAUGAAACAAAGCGGCUUAGGCUCUCAGUGCGCCGGACUCUUCAGCACCACCGUCCUCGGUGGCUCCUCUAGCGCCCCCAACCUGCAGGACUACGCACGUGCACACCGCAAAAAAUACUCCGCCGCCAGUCAGUCCUACAAAGACGAGUUGUUGUCUAUGCCGGCAGUAAAACGAUUUUCUGUGUCGUUUGCAAAGCAUCCGACUAAUGGGACACAAGACGACUCGUCCACCGUMGCAUCGUCUGCGUCCCUCUUGUGCAGUUGGACAGAGCCCGUGGAGGAACACCAUGUGGCCCAGUUGUUGAGGUUUUUAUCCACCGACCUCAGCUCGGGCCGCCGCCAGCUCUCUCUGGACCACGCUCUGGCCCACCACCUCCACCAGUGCUCCUACCACCUGCGCCUCUUCCGAAACUGGCUCAUCUCCGGCCAGGACCCCCUAGAGUGCCUCCACGGCUUCGACGGCUGCUCCAUGGUGCCCUCCAUCUACCCGCUGGAGACGCUGCACAACUCGCUGUCGCUCAGGCAGGUCAAUGAGUUCCUCACCAGAGUCUGCGAGAGCGCCGGGGAUACGCACACCAGGACCUCCAGAGGUCUGUCGGCCAUGUUGGGCGCUCACAAUCAGCCGUCGGUGGACGCUUACAUCCCUCAGAGGAUCCUGUCGUCCACCAUGACGGUUAAAUCUCGCACCGACAAACCUCCAUGGUACAGCAGCGGUCCGUCCAGCACGGUUUCCAGCGCCGGCCCGUCCUCCCCCACCACGGCCGACACUUCGCCGCGGUUCAGCUUCAGCGACAAGGUGUCGCUCACCCCGCAGAGCAGCGAGGAAACCCACUCCUCCCAAAACGCCUCUGCCCAGCCGCCACCCGCCGAAGUCCCGCUGACUCCGAACAACUCCCCAGAGGAAGAACCCGAACCUGAACCCGACAAGCAACCCGACAAGCAGCCUGAUAAGCAGCUCGACAAGCAGCCCGACGACCCAGAACCAGCGGGAGACAGACAGGAGGCGUCCUGCAGCGCUCUGGAGCCAAUCCCGGAGCAGAGGCCGGCCUGCGUGGCGCUGGCGGAGCUGAGUCUGGGCCGCAUGGAGGGCUACUGCCUGCCGGGGUCGCUGCCGGUGCUGCUGGAGCUGAGGGAGAGCAGCAGCGAGGCCGGGUCCAGCUCGCAGACGCCCCAGUCCCCUGAGGGGCCCGAUGAGUUCUUCGACACGCAGGAGUCCGUGGAGCUGUGGACAGACAGUCCCGAAGACGCCCCGCUGCCCGACACUGCCCCGCAGCCCGCCCCGCUGCCCGACACUGCCCCGCAGCCCAACACCGCCCUGCAGCCCACCCCGCAGCUUGACAACACCCCGGAGCCCCACAGCGCCCCGCAGUCCGACACCGCCCCGCAGCCCAACACCACCCCGGAGCCCCACAGUGCCCCGCAGUCCGACACCGCCCCGCAGCUCGACAACACCCCGGAGCCCCACACCGCCCUGCAGCCAGUCCCGCAUCCAGCCCCGCUGCCCAAAACCGCCUUGCUGCCCGACACCGCCCCGCUGCCUGCCCCGCAGCCCAACACCGUCCCGCAGCCCGACACCACCCCAGAGCCCCACACCGCCCCGCAGCCCAACACCGCUCCGCUGCUCGACACCGCUCCACUGCUCGACACAGCCCCAGAGCCAAAGCCAGCUCAGCCGUUGGAGCAGUGAACUGGCCGGUCUCGUCCGACCGGGUUUUAAAUCUAAUCUCAUCUGUUACUCACAGCAGCCAUUGGGUGAAAACCCAACCAGAGGAGAGCAGAGAGUCUUAAUACCUGGGAGAAUAUAAUAAAUAUUACAUUUAAUCUGGAAGUAGAGACGCUUGUAUGUGGUCAGCUGAGCAGAUCUCUGACGUUUAAGCAUUUACUGCCGUCGUCUGUCCUACACUGCAAAAACACAAAAUACUACUAAAUAUUUUUGGUUGAGUUUCUAAUGCAAACAUCUUAAUACUUGAAAUAGGAAAAAACUAACUUGGAAACAACUUUUCAGCUAGAAAUAGGAGCUCGUUUUAGGUAAACAAUUCCUUACUACUACCAUUGGCAAACUAUUUAACUUUUAACAAAACAUUUUCCAUGUCAUAAGUUAAAUAAUCUGCCAGAGGAACUCGUACCUUUUUUUUGUCAAUAUUAAGGACUUAAACAAACUGCUAUAUUUUGCUGAAAAUGUGCUUGUAAGUUAGUUUUGGACUAAGACACUUGCUCUAGAAAGUAGACCAGAAAUACUUGGUAAUAUUUUGUGUUUUUGCAGUGAAUCCUCACUGAGUUUUGUUUUUCCGUCAGAUUUGCUGAGAAUGUUUGUAAUCUGUGAGAACACUGAACAUCCUCGGUGUUUUUGUUCAGUGUGCACCGCUGAUCGCCAAAGUCCUUAACCCUCAGUGAAGAUUUAAUUUAGAGAGAAACAGAGAUUUAUUUUAAAAAAUAAAAAAAAAAAUGUAUUUUUAAGAACCUGCACAUUAGAUAUUUAACUGUAUAGCGUAUUCGUGGCUUUGGGUGUGUGUAUAUUUUUGCUAAAAACACAUCCAAGCCUCAUUUGAUCACUGAGGGCAUUUUACAUUCUUACAUGCUUUUUAUUGUGAGCAGCAAUGUAGCACAAGGAGGCAUGCUAGCUUCCGCAGCGCUGUGUGCUGUCAUGGUACAUUUCGAUGGACUGUAGAAAAUAAAUAAACUGUGAGUCUGUGAUCUUACUGUGUGUACAGAUAAAACACGACACCAAUGUGAUUGGUGUCAAAUUUCUGAUUGGUUCACUCAAAUAAACAUUUUGGACUUGUCUCCAGUUGCAACCA